AUGCCAUCUGAUAAUUACAAAAUUGUAAUCAAAGCUGAUAAAACACCUGCGGGUCAACAUGCAAGACGUUUUAAUGCACCAACCAUUGAUGAAGUUGCUGUCGUUGUAGUUGGAGAAAACUUGGAAUCCCGUGAUAUUGUUUUACAUCGUCGGAAUGAUCGAUUACAACGUAUAAAUGAAACACAUCGCUCAUAUGAUGCACUACAAUAUCCCAUUAUAUUUUGGCAAGGUUCUGAAACAAACAAAAAAGUCAGUUCAAUGAACUAUUAUUCAUACCACCUAAUGAUUCGGGAAAAUGAAGACAAUCACAUAUUGAAAUGUCGGCGAUUAUAUCACAAAUAUGUUGUUGACAUGUAUGUUAAAAUUGAAACGGAGAGAUUAACAUUCAUCAGGUUGAAUCAGACCAAACUCCGAUCUGAAGAGUAUAUUCACCUUCGAGAUGCGAUUAAUACUGAUGGAAAUGCACAGAAUGUUGGUCGGAUGAUUAUUCUUCCAGCAACAUACAUCAGAAGCCCUCGACAUAUGCACGAAUAUGCUCAAGAUGCCAUGUCGUAUGUUCGUCAUUAUGGUACAGCAGAUUUGUUCAUCACAUUUACAUGCAAUCCGCAAUGGAUAGAAAUCAAGCAGGAGUUAUUCCCUGGGCAAUCACCCAUUGAUCGUCAUGACAUUACAGCCAGAGUCUUUAGACAAAAGUUGAAAUCUUUAAUGGAUUUCAUCGUGAAACAUUAUGUGUUUGGUGAGACACGCUGCUGGAUGUAUUCUGUGGAGUGGCAGAAACGAGGGUUGCCACAUGCACACAUUUUGAUUUGGUUGGUUGAAAAGAUAAGGCCAAAUGAAGUUGAUGCAGUGAUAUCAGCUGAAAUACCUAAUGUACAAGUAGAUCCUGAAUUGCAUGAGGUUGUUAUCAAAAACAUGAUACAUGGUCCAUGUGGCACUCUUAAUCAAAAUUCACCGUGUAUGAUGGAUGGUAAAUGUUCAAAACGAUAUCCAAGGACGUUAAUAUCAGAAACAAUUACUGGCAAUGAUGGUUAUCCACUGUAUCGUCGCCGAUCAAGAGUAGACAAUGGAAGAACAACAAUUGUCAAAUUAAAUCAACAAGAUAUUGAAAUAGAUAAUCGUUGGAUUGUUCCAUAUUGA